AAUAAGUAAUUCAACAAUGUUCAAACAUCCGUAUAACUUAAACUUGAUUGCACAUUACUGUCAGAAAGCGUUUUAUUGUUCCCGUUUACCAUCAACUAUGAUCUAUGUUUUAGCAAGUGAGAAAUGUUAAAUGGUAAUUUAAAUAAAUGGUAAUAAUAACUCAGAGUCCUCCUUCUUUUUACCUAAGCCACUUGAUAAUUAAAAAUAUGACAAAUCCUGACUUCUCAAAGCGGGUAAGAACUCAUCGGUGGCUGAAGACUCCCAUUCCCACCUAAAAGACUUUCAUAAAGAAAGAACCAAACCCACAAAAAGGUAUGAAAUAAAUAAAUAAAUAAAUAAAAUGAAUUUGCAGCAUCAGGUCAAAAAGCUGCAGAUUGCAAACAAAAUUCAUCCUCAGUAUCCUGGCAUCUUUCUACUGCCUGCUUGGUCUGAAUUAAAAUGGUUCAAAAUAUCCAGUUGCUACAGCUUUAAUGCAGUGUAACGUGAAGUAAAACGUUAUUUUCUGUGUUAUUGUCUGCUUUAUAUGUGUGCUUUUAUGUGAUUGAUGUUUUUUUCCAUGCAAAUACUGUCUGGAAAGGGGUAUAACCUGUUUUGAGUGUUUUACUUCUAAUUCAUCGUGAGUUUCUUACUUAAAUGUGAUAUAAAUACGAGUACUUUUAUUUUAAGCUUGUUUUCUAUUAUUUUUUACGGACUUUCCACCGUUUAUACCUAAUUUUUCCUCAGAUUUUACAGCUGCUAGCAGAACAGCCCAGGGCGAAACGUGUCAGCCUCACAGUUUCUGUAAUUUAAGACGUUUUUCGUGACGUUUUCUGAUUUAAAAAAAUAAAACAAGUAAUUUUUUAGGUAAUUCUGCAGCUGUCGUCACUGAUGUCAACACGGACAUGUGAAUGUAAAUGGUGCUCCAGUUUAUAAAGGAUCCCUCAGGCCGAGCUGAAAGCAAACAGUCAUGGCUUCUCUAAGGACUCUGACUCUUCUGGCUUUAGCUGCAGGUUUUUCCUGCAGCCGGGCCUCAGACUGCUCAUACUUUGGUCUCCUGAAUCACCUGAACAUGGAUACGGCGAACACAGCUCUUGGAAUUUUGCGUCCCGUGAAAAACUGGACCACAACCACGCUCGUUCAGCUCGACAUGAUUCUGAACGGCAUUUUGGACGUGAAUGAGAAGUUUCAAACCGUCACAAAUCACAUCUGGAUCAAUAUGUUUUGGAUAAAUGAAUUUCUCACCUGGAAUUCCUCAGAGUUUUGUGGGAUGAACAUGUUGACCAUUCCAAGUUCGAUGCUCUGGAUUCCAGAUAUAAUAAUCUACGAGGAUGCCUCUGAUUGCUCGGAUUCUAAACAGGAUCCUCUUGUCACCGUUGAUCCAAGCGGGCUGGUCCGCAUGAGAACCCGACUCAUGCUGACCAUCAGCUGCAAGUUCAACCUCUACAGAUUCCCUUUUGAUACGCAAACUUGCAACAUCACAUUUUUAUCCUUGAAUUACGACGACAGCGUUCUGAAACUGGGCUCAGUCACAAACGCCAGCAUCCUGACUGAGGUGUCGGAGCAUGUCAUGCAGACUGAGGGGGAAUGGAAACUUACCAACAUAGAAAGCAUCACCUCUACUGCCACACAGAAAAGUCAGCUGAUUUACAGGGUCUCCCUUCAGAGGAAGCCCUUUCUUUACAUUAUCAAUUUAAUCUUACCCCUGCUGUUCCUGCUGUUCCUGGAUGUGGCCUCUUUCUUCCUCUGUGAAAGCAGCAGUGCGAAGGUCAACUUCAAAGUUACGAUACUCCUGUCCAUCUUUGUCCUGCUGCUGAUUCUUAAAGACAUUUUACCGUCCACCGAGGAGGCGCUGCCAGUGAUGGCCAUCUACUGCGUUUCAGUUUUCACCCUGGUGUGGAUCAACGUCCUGGAGACCAUGCUGAUGAGCUUCUUGAACGGCCUCUCCUGCUGUGUUGGUGAGGAAGCCAACGCUUCUGAGGUCUUCAAAGUGAAAACGCAGCAGGAGGCGGACAACCCUAAAGAGUCGGCAGGAGAUGCAGGAGCAGCUAACCCAGAAGCGAGUAACCCUCCACUGGGACCGCUUGAUGGUGGAGGACUGCUGAAGCGGAUCCUGGGCAAAGAGAAAGCGGCUCUAAAACCCCCAGGAAGACAGGAAGAGGAUGCAGGAAGGACCGGCUGCCGCUGGCUCAGACUGGUUAAGAUCUUUGACAAUGUAUUCUUCGUCCUGUAUUUCACUACUGUCGUGAUUUCUCAGGUGUUUAUGUUUAUGCUUUGGAACGUUCCAGACCUUUUGGGCUAACUGCCUGCGUGUCUUCUUCUGUCGCGC